CCUCCCCCAAAAGGGAAAAAAAAAAGUUUCUUUUAUUGAUUAAAACGGUGUAACAAAGAAAGGUAUUAUUUUAGGAUGGAUGAAACCAUACUUUCUUUUUUUUUUUUGUUCUGGAAUGAUUCUCUCUCUAUAUAUUCAUAUCUAUCUUUGGAGAUAAAACGAAAAGUUCAAUAGAAAAAAAAAAAGGGGGAAAAACUUUGCGCCAUCAUACAAUUAAAGUCUAGUCCCAAUGCUUUGUGCAUCAACUUAUUUCCAACAUCAAUGGCUGCCGGCAUGUUCCAUCGUUCUCAUAUACUUCUCAUCAAGUAUAAUCUCCAGCUCCUCCGCCACCCAAUUUCAUAAAAUUCCAAAGCUCGGAAUAGUUCAACGCCAUGGUAAUCAACCAGCAGCCAGUGCUCCUAAACAAUCUCUACCGAAAGAGUUUGAGCCCCAUUUCUAUGAACAAACUCUAGACCACUUCAAUUAUAACCCAAGGAGUUACUCAAAAUUCAAGCAAUAUUAUGUUAUCAAUUCCAAGUAUUGGGGUGGUGCAGAUUCUAACUCACCAAUUUUGGCAUACCUGGGUGAGGAAUCCUCUCUUGAUGGAGAUAUUCCGGUAAUCGGUUUUCUCAAGGAUAAUGCCCCUCGGUUUAAAGCCCUUCUUGUCUAUAUCGAGCAUCGGUUUUAUGGAAAAUCAAAUCCGCUUGGAACAAUGGAAAAAUCGCUGGGAAACAAGGAUAUUCGAGGCUAUUUCAACUCAGCUCAAGCAUUAGCUGAUUAUGCUGAGAUUUUGUUGUAUUUGACAGAAAAACUAUCAGCACAUCAUUCUCCAAUUAUCGUCAUUGGUGGAUCUUAUGGAGGAAUGCUUGCGUCAUGGUUUAGGCUCAAAUAUCCACACAUCGCUCUUGGUGCUUUAGCCUCCUCAGCUCCGAUUCUCUACUUUGAUGACAUUACUCCACAAAACGGAUAUUAUUCUAGAGUCACGCAGGACUUUCAAGGAGUGAGUUCUCACUGUUACCAGACGAUACGGGAGUCAUGGUCUAUGAUUGACAAAGUUGCUUCGAAACCCAACGGUCUCACUUUUCUCAGCCAAAAGUUCAAGACUUGCGCGCGAUUGAAUAAGUCAUCGGAGCUGAAGGAUUUCUUGGACUCAACCUACGCAAGUGCUGCUCAAUAUAAUGCACCGCCGAGAUAUCCAGUCACUCAGUUCUGUAAAGGGGCUGACAAAUCACCCGACGGAAGUGGUGUUCUCGAUCGGAUUUUUGCCGGACUUGUUUCUCUUUACGGCAACCUUUCAUGCUACGAUACAAGCCGAUUUUCAUAUCCCACCGAAACAAAUAUAGGAUAUGCUUGGCAAACAUGCAGUGAAAUGGUGAUGCCCAUUGGUCGGGGGAGUAAUGAUACGAUGUUUCCAGCUGCUCCUUUCAUUUUAAAAGAUUUUAUGGAGAGUUGCAAGAGUACUUAUGGAGUUUCACCUCGACCUCAUUGGAUCACUACUUAUUAUGGAGGCCAUGAUAUCAAACUGAUUCUUAAAAGAUUUGGGAGCAACAUCAUUUUCUCCAAUGGCUUGAGGGACCCUUAUAGUACUGGCGGGUAACCAAUUAUUCACAUAACUUUUUUCCCCCUUUUCUUCUGCCCUUACGCAAGUUUGAGGAUGUCUUAUUGUCAAGAAUAUGUUGUUUCCAACCACAGAGUCUUGGAGAACUUGUCUACAAAUCUUGUUGCUGUCUACACCAAAAAAGGAUCACAUUGCUUGGACAUAUUGUCGGCUGCAAAAACUGAUCCGGCGUGGUUGGUUGCUCAAAGGAAAGUUGAGAUUGAGAUCAUUGAAUCAUGGAUCAAUUCUUACUAUGCUGAUCUUGCCCUCGCCAAACCAAAGAAUGCCUCAUUCGUUUAGAUGUUCAUUAAUUGAGGUCUAUAUAUACUCAACAGAUAAAUUUUCCCAAAAAAAAAAAAAUGGAAAUAGAUAGCCUUUGGGAGCUUUCUCAUACUUGAUAGAAUGAGAUUUAUUUUAUUCCAUGCGUCGACUCGUCAAUUUAGUCAUGUUUUCGAUUAAUUAUGAUGUUACGUUUUCAACCUUUGAUCAAAUGGAAUCUUUUAACCCC